ACAUGCAUCGACGAUGGGUCCUAUCCAGGAAGCGCAUGCAGCAGCGGUAAGGGGAUCCGGGGAGGAGCGCUGCCUUUAUACAAGUAGCCUCGCUGUAGUCGCUUUAGGUGUUUCAUCAACACUUAUCGUCUACCUACAAACUAAUCUUGCAAUUGAUGCAACGUCCUGUAAUAAGGAUUACGUGUAAAAUGAUUCCAGCAUUAGGUAAUACUUCGGUGCGCAUGAGGGACCCUCAGAGAGUCGAGGAGACCCUCCGCUGCAUGCAGAAAUCAGGAUUGAACACCCUACAGGUGAUUUCAGACUUCGACAUGACGUUAACAAGAUUUGCACACAAUGGAAAGCGUUGUCCUACCUCUCACAAUAUUUUGGAAAUCAGCAAAAUUAUUUCUGCUGAAUGCAAAGAAAAGCUAAAGGACUUGCUCGACAAAUACUACCCCAUAGAGAUCGACUCCUCUAAGACCAUAGAGGAGAAGCUCCCCCUCAUGGUGGAAUGGUGGACUAGGGCGCAUGCGCUCAUGAUGCAACAGAAGAUCAGGAAAGAUCAGCUGACCCUUGCUGUACAGGAGUCUGAUGCCAUGCUUAGGGAAGGCUACCAGGAGUUCUUCGACUGCCUCAACCAGCACAGCGUCCCCCUACUCAUCUUCUCCGCAGGGCUGGGGGACGUGCUGGAAGAAGUGGUCCGUCAGGCGGGGGUCUUCCACCCAAACGUCAAGGUCAUCUCUAACUACAUGGACUUUGACGAGACGGGGGUCAUGACUGCCUUCAAAGGGGAGCUGAUCCACAUCUACAACAAGCGCGAGGGAGCCCUGCAGAACACGGGCCACUUCGAGGAGCUGCGCUCACGGCCAAACGUGCUGCUGCUGGGGGACUCUCUGGGGGACCUGACCAUGGCCGACGGGGUGCAGGAGGUGGAGAAAGUCCUCAAGAUAGGCUUCCUCAACGACAAGGUGGAUGAGAGGCUGCCGUCCUAUCUGAACUCGUAUGACAUCGUGCUUCUGAAGGAUGAAACCAUGGAAGUUCCUAAUGCCAUACUGGAUUUCCUCGUCGCCGACUAGUUGACUUAAAAAAAAAAUCACCUGCUACAUUACCUCAGAUGCUAUGUGGAAAAUGUCACAGAAUACAAGUUAUGCAAAGUGAAUUUGUUAAAAUUAGUUCUUGUUGUCAACGGUUAAGUUGACUGCCAUACCUCGUCUGCAGCAAUUGUUACUGUGGAGCGUAACGUGAAAGGUAUUGGGCAGUCUCCGAUAUAAGUGCUUAUAUUCACCUUCCAAAGUUGUGGAGAUGUUUUGUUAUUUCUAUGUUAGUUUUAUGCAUAUUUCAUAAGGAUAAAGGGAAAUAAGUUUAAGAGCAGAAAUUUAAGCGGUCUUGUCAUGGGAAUUUAUACAUUCCUUCCGCAGCAUAUAUAUAAUUCAAUUGUACUGAAAAUGUCUUUAGGUUCCCUUUUUAUAACAACGAUAAGCAAUGUGACUACAGCAGUGUUAUUAAAUGGGGAAUAUGGCAUCUGCACAGAAGUGGAUCCAUUUUGUCGAUAUUGGUGCUCUGAGAAACUGCCAAAACUUUUAAUGCCAUUUUAUUUCAAGACCUUUUCAAACCUUUCAUAAAAAUAAACUGCAUAGAUCCAGA